UGCAACGGUUCCCGCUUUCCGCUUUUUCGGAGUUAUACUGAAUUUACAUGUGUUUUGGCGAUAAAUACCCUGAUUUCUCAACAGAACGUUGAUUAAUGGUUUCUUAGCACCAUGUAUAUCAAGUCCAUUGUGCUGGACGGGUUUAAGUCUUACGGCAAUCGCGUCGAGAUUACAGGGUUUGAUCCUGAAUUCAACGCUAUAACCGGCCUGAACGGCACUGGGAAGUCGAAUAUAUUGGAUUCCAUAUGUUUUGUGUUGGGAAUUACAAACUUAUCUAACGUAAGAGCGGGAAGUCUUCAAGAGUUGAUCUACAAGCAUGGACAGGCUGGUAUUAUUAAAGCUACGGUCAGCAUCACAUUUGACAACAAAGACAAGAGGCAGGCUCCUAUUGGUUACGAGAACCAUGAUGAGAUUACUGUUACCCGACAGGUAGUAAUGGGCGGAAAGAACAAGUACAUGAUAAACGGUAUCAACGUGCAGAACAAGCGGGUCAGUGACCUGUUUUGCUCGGUGCAGCUCAACGUAAACAACCCUCACUUCCUCAUUAUGCAGGGAAGGAUCACUAAAGUGCUCAAUAUGAAGCCUCCAGAGAUUCUGUCAAUGGUAGAAGAGGCAGCAGGUACAAGAAUGUAUGAAGCCAAGAAGCAAGCAGCACAGAAGACUAUUGAGAAGAAAGAUGCUAAACUUCGAGAGCUUAAUGAUAUCAUCAAAGAAGACAUAGCACCUAAACUACAGAAGCUUCAGGAUGAGCGCUCACAGUUCCAGGAGUACCAGAAAGUUGUUAGAGAACUGGAGAAUCUUACCAGGCUUUAUGUAGCUUGGAAAUACGUAACAGCAGAAGAGGACGCGAAGAAAGCGGAAGGCAAGGUGACCGAGGUGCAGGACGACAUACAGAGCAAGCACGACCAGAUCAAGAACAACAAGAACGAGGCGUUGGACCUCGACAAACAGGUCGCUGAACUCAACCGGAAACUUGACGAGGAAAGCGGCAGUCUACUUAAAGAAAUGGAAGGCGAGCUCCAAUCUCUUGAGCAAUCGGAAGCAUCGCUGUCGUCGGCGCACAAGGCGGCUAAGGAGGCAGUCAGUGCGCAUGACAAGCGCGCGCGGCUCUUACAUCGCGCCCUCGUGGACGACGAGGCUGCGUUGAACGCCAAGAAGGGCGUGCUCGGAGAGGUAUCAUCAAUGUUUGAGUCCCUCCGCGCGGCGAGUGAGGCGAGUGCAGUAGCUCUAGCGGAGGCCCAGGAACGGUUCCUGGCUAUCAGCUCCGGCAAGGAAGACGCCAGUGAUUCACUACAGGAUCAACUUAUGGCUGCAAAACAAGAGGCGUCGGAGGCGUCGACGCGCAUCACACAGAGUAUGAUGGAGAAGCGCCACGCAGAAGACAGACUUAAGACGCUGGAAAGAGAGUUUAAAUCCAGCAGCGCUCAGUACCAGAAGGAUCAGGACAAUAUCGGGCGGCAGCAGGCGCAAGUGGAUAAGUUGAGGGAGGAACUCUCCCGCAUGAGUUUCAGCGAGCAACGCAACAGCCAACUGAAGGAGUCAGUGCGGACACUGCAACACGAGAUACGCCGCAAGCGGGACGCGCUAGACAACCUCUCUGUGAGGCUGCAGCGAUGCGACUUCCAAUACACACCGCCGCAGCCGAAUUUCGACAGUCGCAGAGUUUUUGGUACUGUAUGUCGACUGAUCGAUGUUACCGAUCCAGUAUUCUGUACGGCUUUGGAAACCGCAGCCGGUGGAAGGCUGUACAACGUGGUGGUAGACACUGAGGUGACCAGCAAGCUGCUGCUGCAGCGCGGGAACCUCCAGACUCGCACCACCAUCAUCCCGCUCAACAAGAUCAGCGGGCACGUCAUCGACGCCAACACAGUCAGGUUGGCUCAGGAGAUCGGCGGCGGUCCAGAGAACGUGCAGCUGGCGUUGGAUCUGAUCACGUUCGACCCCCGGCUGCGUCCAGCCAUGUCGUGGGUGUUCGGCAGCACGCUGGUGUGCCGCGACGCGGACACGGCCAAGCGCGUCACGUUCCACCCGCGCGUGAAGCGGCGCUGCGUGACCUUGGACGGAGACGUCUACGAUCCCUCGGGCACGCUGUCCGGAGGCGCCCGGGCUAAGGGCGGUUCAAUCCUAGUUCAGAUACAAGAGUUAAAGGGUCUGGAACAGGAGCUAGCUCAUGCCAACUCGCAGCUUGAGGAGCUCAGUCGGGAACUCAACGCUAUGCAGAGCGUUGCAGAACAGUUCAACACCAAACAACAGAGGUUGGAGAUGAUGAGCCACGAGCUGGAAGUGAUCAAGGCGCGCAUCGCCACCACCACGCAUGCGCAGAUGCACGCUGAGAUUGAGACCUUACGCGCACAGGUGACAGAACUAUCAGCAGCAGUAGAAAGAGACAAAGAGAAGCAGAAAGAGACGGCUGCGCGGGCGCGAGAACUCGAAGCUAAGGUUAAGGACAUCAAAGGCCAUAGAGAGAGAGAAUUCAAGAAAGCUGAGGAAGCUCUAAAAAAAGCGAAGAAAGAAGCUCAGCAACACAGCGACGCUUGGAAGCAACGAGAGCAGGAGUUCGAGACUCUGCGCUUAGAAGUGACGGAGCUUGAGCAGGCUGUGAGCAGCAGUCGCCAGCAGCUGGACGAGACGGCGGCCGCCGCCGGGGACCUGCACGACGGGCUCAGCCGCGCCGGCAGGGACCAUGCCGCUGCCACGGAAGCAGUGAAGGCAAUGCAAACGAGGAUAAAGAAGCAGAAAGCGGAGAUAGCGGCUCGAAGCACGGACAUAGCGUCUCUGCUGAAACGAAAGGAGCAGCUUGCAGUUAGCAACAAUAACAUAGAGCUCAACAUCAAGGAGCUGCACUUCAAGAUUCAGGAGCUACAGGCACAGAGCAAAGACUGCGAGAAGCGAAUAAGGUCGCUCGAAGCCGAGCACAGUUGGAUCGUCCAGGACAAGCAGUACUUCGGCGCGGCGGGCGGCAUGUACGAGUUCGAGGCGCGGCAGGCGGCGCACGCCGGGCCGCGCCUGCAGCAGCUGCAGCAGCGCCGGGACAAGCUGGCGCGGGGGCUCAACGCGCGGGCACACACGCUGCUGGGCAAGGAGGAGGAACAGUACCAAGACGUAAUGCGAAAGAAGAAGAUAGUCGAAGCGGACCGCGCGAAGCUGGUGCAAGUGAUGGCAGAACUGGACGAGAAGAAGAAGAAGACUUUAGUGACCGCGUGCGAACAAGUGAACCGCGAUUUCGGCUCUAUAUUCAGCACGCUGCUGCCGGGGGCGCAGGCGCGGUUGAAGCCGCCGGACGGACUCACCGUCCUCGACGGACUCGAGGUGAAAGUUGGCUUCAACAACACAUGGAAGGAGUCUCUAGGCGAGCUGUCGGGGGGACAACGUUCUCUAGUAGCACUGUCCCUUGUACUAGCCAUGCUGCUGUUCAAGCCCGCGCCCCUCUACAUCCUCGACGAGGUGGACGCCGCGCUCGACCUCAGCCACACGCAGAACAUCGGACAGAUGCUCAAAGAACAUUUCAGGCACUCACAGUUCAUAAUAGUCUCCCUGAAGGACGGGAUGUUCAACAACGCGAAUGUGUUGUUCCGGACCAAGUUCGUGGACGGCAUGUCGUCUGUACAACGCACCGUCAACCCACGCCGAUGAACUGCAAUACCUCUAUAAUUGAACGGCUAAGUCCAUGAAGUCUAACACACGUAUCUUGAGAUGUUAACUCCAACUUUCGUCGACUCCGUCCUUAGUUGAUGCGACCUCAAGGAAAACCUCAAACUCCACUCCACUCAGUAAAGUAGUCAAGUGAGUACAAAGGAGUGUUCAGCUGAGGCCAAGUUUAGUGGAGGAAAAGUCGAGUUGACCAUCUUGGAAUACGGGUAUAAAUGCAUAUAUGGAUUUUAUUGUCAACGCUCCAUCCCCCUAGCGUUAUCGCGCUUUACACGGGGAUCGGCGGUUUUCAAUAUCCUUAUAGUGAAAACUACGCCUUUUCAAAAAAUCACAUUUUACUUUAUCAUUAAUAUUUAUGUAAAUAUUUUAUUAAUCAUAAUUUUCUUCAACAAAACCUCGAUUUCUUUCAACCCGGGUAAAAUUGACCACAUUUUUUUACCUGUAUUUUUGGCUUUGACUUAGUUAUUUUUUCUAUAGCAAUUAGUUUUCCUUUUACUCUAGUGUUCGAAUAGUAAUGUGUGGGUAAUGGUAUCGUUUCUUUGGGACCAUGAGAAUCGGUAACCUUCGAUUCGAAUUACAGAAGAUCAUUUUAUUAUUGAAGCUGUCGAGCUAAAAUAAAAAUGUCUCUGGAAUGGACACCAUGUUGUCAAUAUAUUUUUGUUGCUCGGUAAUGAAUUUCGAGCAAACCCAAGUAACUAGCAAUUAAGUUAGCUUAAGUUGUACAAAGUGAAUAAAAUACAUUAUUUUAAUAGUAA